AUGCACGAGGACGCGAUGGCGGCAGGCGUGCCGAGGCAGCAGCAGCAGCAGCAGCAGCAGCAAAAAUAUGGCCCGAGUGAAAUGACGCCCUCAUCUUUUGCACCCCUUAAGACUUCGCUGGUGGACGCAUUUCGUAAGACCCCCCGUCACCCUUUAAGAAAUGGGUGUGGGGAGUUGUCACAUGCUGCUGGCCACAGCGGCCUUGAUGAAGUGCAGUCCGGCGUUGGCGCCGCGAUGGCGGAUUUGUGCGAUGAUGUGGGCUGGCGCCACUCCAGCCAGUCGCCGGUAUCGUCCGUCAUGUCCAACGCGGAGGACGUUGACGAUGACUUCAUGGACGGGGCGGCGAAGGGGAGGAAGAAGUGGGCCAGCGAGGGCGUACGCGAGCGGCACAUGGAGUCGUCCGCGUUGUGCGCGCGGUUCUGCCAUGCCUCGGCAAUGACGCCAUUCCGCCGCGCCUGCGCACUUCGCGGCGUCCACGACAGUGGCAACGAAGAGAUGGAUGCUGGCGCUGUCGCUGCUGAUGGCGACGCGGGUGACUAUAUGCGCACACGAGGGGCGGAGUCAAGUGCCUCCUCCCCCUGCAUGAGGCGUAAAACGAACAAUGCGCUUGAAUUCACCGACGCUGACGUGACUAUGGUGCGCGCAAUGGCCAUGCUGCUCGCGGAGGAGCAUGAACGCAAGGAGAGGCAACGGCAGCGGCAGCAGCGCGUGAAAGAAACGUAG